GGGUAGGGAAAGACUAGAGGAUACUCUGGGCAAGAGUCUUUGUCCUCUGCUUAUACGAGUAUACGUGAUACAAAGUAACGUUUCUGUACGUGACGCAACGCGUAUUAAUCUAUACAAGACAUAAAGUACAGAUUGUGUACGUGACAGGAAACAAUGUUUGUGUACGUGACACGAAGUAACGUUUGUGUACGUGAUACAAAACAAUGUUUGUGAACGCGACAUGAAACGAUGAUUUUAUACGUGACACAAUAUAAUGUUUGUCUACGUGAUCAGAUUAAGAGAAGUUGAUUAAUUGUUCUAGGUCAACUACUCUGUUUUAAUUGAUAAAAGGCAAAAGUAAAAGAAUGCUAUGAUAUGACAACGACCUUGUCUACUGGUCGUCGAUCUUUGACUCUGAGUGUCCAUGGCCGUAGACUGAUUAAUAGUGUAUGGUCAGUUUAAAAGGUGUCUGCAACGCCAUUUUGUCAUUCACAAACGUGGAACGUUUCAAACUGCAGCUCCAACAAUGGUGAAACUUUUUAUUGCCUUUGCCUUUAUGGCUAUCGUAGCAGUGGGGUAUAGUAAAGAAUGCUGCUCUGCGGAGGACAAACAAUCUGUGUCAAGCCAAUGGCAUGAUCUCUGGACAGCAACUAACGGAGGGGGCAGAGUAAAAAUCGCCACCGAUGUAUUUACUAGAUUUUUCGCCAAAAACCCAGAAGCCAGGGCUCUGUUUAAAAACGUACGCGGAGAUGACUUCAAUCACCCUGAGUGGGUGGCCCACACCGUUAGAAUCAUGAACGGCUUUGACCUCUGCAUUAACAACCUUGAAGACACAAAGCUAUUUAACCAAGUCGUAGGUCAUCUUAGCUCCCAGCACGUGGCACGCAUUGCCGAUGGAUUUGAUCCAAACUACUUUGAUCUAUUCAAGGAGCCGCUUGGAGAGACUCUUGAAUCUGUCAUCUCUGGUUUUAACGCUAUUGCAUGGGACAACUGCUAUAAUCGCAUCUCAGAGGGACUCAAGUCCAAUUUCUAAACUGAAUUAAAUUCACUAAGAAAAAUGGACACUUUAUCUGACUCUAUCAAGGCUAUUGAUCAAUUGAACGUUUAAAAUAGCUACUGUGGAGCUUUGAUUAAGAUCGUUGAUUUAAUAUGCUAUUAUCUUAGAUUGCCCUAUAUUGGGUAAAUAAAUAAUUGUACAUAAUGUAUAUAGGUCUUAGUGUGCUCUUUAUUAUAAAUGUACAUAUACG